GGGGGAAAAAGAAGCGAGGGCAACGAGAGGGAGGAGAGGGGAAGUACACAAGUUGUUGUUCUUUCUCGUUUUGCUGAGAUUUGUGAUGUGUUUUGAAUUCGCCAAUUUUUAACGAAAACAUGCAUUAUUUUUGCCGAUUCGGCCCCUAGAUUGAAUGUAUCAAGGCCAUCAGGAUUUGCGUUUAUUUGGUUAUUCCGGAAUUAUGGACGAGGGUCAGCACUUGCCUGGCGUGCCCACUGCAAUUUCCAUACAGGACACUCCGACCGCGGCUAACGUUGAACUCGUAGAUGCCAGCGAGGGUAUCUACAGGAUCGUAACAACUAAUGGCAUUCCCUAUGGUGUUUGCGGGCAGCAACUACAAACAACACCUGCUAAAACAUCAGGGCAGAUCAUCCAACAGAUGGCAGGAAACUUUCAAAAUCAGCAUUUACAGAUGAAUCCCAAUUUCAUCUUACAAAAUCCAAAUCAACAAGGUAGUCAGUCUCAGCAAAGGAUUGUAUUAGACGGCUCUUCCCAAAAGUAUACUGUCUACCACCCUCAAGUCUUUAAAGUCAUGCCUAGUGCCAGCAACAUCAUCAUGGUGUCUCCGAAUGCUCAACAAUACGCUGUUAGAAAUGUGCAGCAGUUUCAGGAAAAAUUGGGAAUUGAAUUUGCGAAGCAGCCUACCCCCAUGAAAAUUCAAGCAUCGCCUCCUCGACCUCCACAACCCAACCAAUUGUCUCCUCCUCGGCCUCCUCAACCUAAUCAAUCUACGCCUCCUGCUCCUCGUCCCUGCCAACUUCUGUUGACACCCCUGCGCCCUGUCACUCCUGCAGUCCCCCAACUCAUCCCAUUUGGCAACAAGCACCAACCUGUGAUGAGCCCACAGCGCACUCAAACCACUCCUCCCAUAAUAAAGAAACCUCCUCAAAUCCUUAAACAUGGAAACCAGAACUACAACAUCAUCUCAUCCACAUCAUGCAAGGCUGUUCCUAUCUCAAGUUUUGACAAUAGCAAUGAAAAUGAAGAAAUGGAGACAGAGCAACCUCCGCCUCCACUACCUACCGAACUUCCCAAGACACCACCUCCGCCACCGCCACCACCCUUACCUCAAGUCAACGAAGCUCGUUUGCCACUGAACACAAAUUGUAGUACACCUAAAGUGUCAUCAAGCCUGGUGAAAAACAGCGUGUUGUUGAGCUCAAGCUCUCCAAAAUUUCCAACGUCUCCAAUGAAGAGCAACAUACCUCCUCAAAGUUCACCCACAACGCAACUAACUCAAGCCAAGGCCGAAGAAAAAGAUACCAUUAUGAAGAUGAUGCCAGGGAAGGUGGCCAUUUGCAAAAACUGUGGCUUAUGCAGCAUAGAUUUGAGCAGGUGUCAGAGGUGUAACAGAGUUUUCCCUCCCGAUGUGAGGAUAGUUGAUGAUCCAAGCCUGGUGAAGGCUCGGAAACAACCAAAUAAUAGCACUGGCAAAUCAUAUCUUAAAAAUGUUGCACCACUUAACAAGCAUUCUCCUGCACCUCCAAUUCCUUCAACUUCAAAGCUGAAAACUGCUGUUUCAACUACGGCAGCUAAACCUGUUGGAUUAACUUCAAAACUGAAGCCAGCUUUACAGCAAAGCCCUGCGCGCCAACCACCUAUAAUAAUUAAGAACAAAAGAGCAGUGCCUGUGAAGAAGCCCACUGUAGCAGAAGAACCUGUCUGUCUUACCAUUUCUGAUGAUGAGGAUGAUAGUGCAGCAAGUAGACUGAAACCUGCACCAACCCCAGUGCUCAGUGUGGAGAAGUGCAUUGUAAUUAGCAAAGAAGCUGAACUUAGUUCCACGAUCACAGAUAAGGAACCUUCUAUUGAGGAACUGCAAAUCACAGAACAUGAUAUGAAAUUAUCAUUAGGCAUAGGGAACAAUUUGAUUGAAAACUAUCAAAAGGGCCAUGUUGGAGGGGGAGUCACAAUGAAAUGUCGGACAGUGCGUGUUGGAUCUUACAAAGUUGCCCCAUUGGAGAAUGUACUGAUCUGUCCUGAAGGUGUGCGGAUCAGUUUGCCACACCCAGAAACCAAAGUUCCACUAGUUAUUGAGGUCCCUCGGUCAUCGAUUGUGACGGUGCUGGCUCAUAUGGGAAGAUCAGUUCCAGUCUUAUUCUUUUACGUCAGGUGCUCCACUGCUGAUAAAAUAAGAGUUAUGCUCAGCAUGACUGAUGCUAGCAAAGAACCUUAUUUUGACCCUUUAUCCAAGAACGAAACAAGGAAAAGGAUUACUAUUCUCCCGGAAAAGUUAAGUGACGAAACUAAAAUUCUUCUCAAGAAUAUUUUCGGUAAAGCAUAUGGCAGGGACAUCAUGACAAUGUUGGAAUAUAAAGAAGCCAAUGCUCUUUUGGUCAAGGCCUCUCCCAUGAGCAACGAGAGUGUUUCUGGCACAAAGUCAAGAGCAAAGGAAGUAAAGCCAAUUGUAGAAGAGAGCAAAGAACUCUUUGUCUACCCAAAACCACCUCUCAAAGGAGGUAUUCCUAUUACCACAUUUGAUUACCUUUGUCUUGGUGAGGAGCAGUUUUUAAAUGAUGCCAUUGUCGACUUCUACUUAAAGUACUUGACACUGACAAAACUCACAGAGUUUGACCAGGCUCGGACACACAUCUUCAGCAGCUUCUUCUACAGGCGACUUACAACAAAGCAACUUACAAGAAAGUCCGAUGCAAAUACUGAAAAGUUGAGUGCUUCUGAGCAACGUCAUGCUAGAGUCAAGAGCUGGACAAAAAACAUAGACAUCUUUGAGAAGGAUUUUAUUUUUAUUCCCAUUAAUGAACACGCCCAUUGGUUCUUGGCGGUUAUCUGCUUCCCUGGACUAGAAGGUCCUGUGCGUUUCUGUGAUGGCCAGCCAGUGCCAGCCGAAUUGUUGAAUAAACCAAAACAGGCCACAGCAAAAGUGACCAUCGAGGGUGGAUCCGGUGUCCUCAAACAAUUCACCAUCGGAGCCACAACUGUCACUCUUGCCUCAAACGUGUCGCCCAACAGCCUCAAAAUUCUCCAAGCAAAGAACUCUGAAACAAUCAUUGCACUUGAGGAUAGUGAAGGCUCUGAGAGGGAUGAGGCUGAAGGGGAUGAGGACGAGUUUGAGACGGAAGAAGAAACUGAGGCUGAACAGAAUCAGGAGCAAAGUGCUGUGGAAAAAGAAGCUCCUGUCAAAAUCGAAUGUGACUAUAUUUACCCACCAGAUGCUGUCAAGCAGCCCUGCAUUUUGAUCUUUGAUUCGCUUCCAACAAAUCGAAGGGGCAGGGUGGUGGCUACUCUUAGGGAAUACCUGCGUAUUGAGUACAAAGUAAAAAAGGGAAAGGAGCGCGACUUCAACAAGGACAACAUUCGUGGCUCGUUGCCCAAAAUUCCUCAUCAAAACAACUUCACAGACUGUGGAUUGUUUAUGUUGCAGUAUGCCGAGAGCUUUUUUGAGCACCCUAUCAGAGAUUUUUGCCUACCUUUAAAGAGUUUGCUACAAUGGUUCGAAGAGAACACAAUCCGGACAAAGCGAGAAUACAUCGCCAAACUGAUACAGAAGAUGAUGGCUGAACAGGGUGUUAAGGUCAAGUUGCCGGAACUGACCUUCGCCAAACCCCUGACCUCAGGGACGCUUGAAGUUGUUGGGAAAUCUAUCAAAGUAGUCAUACCACCUGAACCAAACGAGUUAAAACCAGAGCUGCAGUCAAUUUGUCCAGCCGAAGAAGUACCGGGUGAAGUUGAGACUCCAAGAGUUGUGUCCCUGUCGGUGAUUGUUCCAGAAGAACAUGUGCUGCCGCCAGUCGAGGCAAACAUUGAGAGUGAAAUUUUGGUCAGUGAGGACUUCAGCAAGUGUGAGUUAAAUGACACAGGAGGCAGCAAUGACCCUGAGGACAUGGAACAUUGCAUUCAGUUGGUGGAUCAACAUUUCCCAAACGAUGAUCCAACAGACUUUGCCACUGAGGACUGUGCAGACAGCAGUAGUGCUAAGCGGAAAGCCGAGUGUGAUUCGGAGACUAUCAGUCCUAAGCGGGUUUGCUGAUUGACACCGAACCUUAAUUGUUUCUGAAGAUCUAUUUUCCACAGGAUCAAUUAUAUUAAGUAUGCCAUGCAAACUUUUUGACUUAUGUUGAAUAAAUUUGUAUGCUUAAUUGAUUACCACUUUA